AUGGACCCACGUCUAACUGCGUCAUCUGGCUAUGAAUACCUAGUUAGGAAUAGAAGCGAAAAUCCCGCAGAAUCCGAGAACGAGUGGAAAAAUUUGAUUAUGGAGAAUCAAAGACUAACACAAAGAGUUGCCUUUCUGGAGAAAAUCGGGAAAAAUCAAGAGAAUUUUGACGGCUUCACAAAAGAGAUUGAUAGACUGAAUGCUCUUGUGGUGGUGAGAGACGCCGAAAUCCAAGAGCUCACGAAGAAUUCUAAUCCAAAAGUGGAAAUGGAAGGUUUCGAAGCGAAAAAGAAAGAAUGGGAGAAUAAGUCGGCCAAAAUGAAGGGACAUAUCAAAUCUUUGGAAAAAAAAUUGGAGGCGAGCAAUGAUUUUCGCUUCAAAAUCACUGAAGAGAUGGAAGCACUACUAGAAGAAGAUGUCAGUCCCAACCAGACGAUGUGCCUCAAAAUGGCCCGACAGACUUCUGAGUACCAUAAGGAAUUGUGGAAGAAAGUGAGAUCCAAUUUCGAGCACCUGAGAAAUGCGAAUCGCGGACUACAAAUGAGUCUUGAGGAGCUGGAAGUGGAAAAAGAAAAUAUGGAAUUCGAAUUGGGAAGACGAGGUACCGCUAUCAAGGAAUUCAAAAAGAAAGAGAAGAGAGCAGGUCAGAGAAUUCAGGAGUUGGAAAAAUCAAUUGAAUUGAAAGAGCAAAAUGAGGAAAAAUUGAGAUCCGAAAAUGCUGAAAUUUGUAAGAAGUUCUGGGACCAAACAGCUCAAGUGGACACACUGAUCAAGAUGCUUGGAGAUAAAACCGUUCGGAUCAUUGGAGAUGGCAUGGUUGUUCAAGAGCAACAACGAUACAUCCAAAGUCUUGAACAAUCAAAUGCAGAAGACAUCAAACGAAGAGUUCAAGAUUUGGCUGCCAAAUUGAAUAGAAACGCAAACAUCUGCAAGCAAAACUUCGAAAACCGACUGGAUGCUCAAAAUCAGCAAGUGCAAAAGAUGGAGGAAUCGGCGAAGUUGCUGAUGCAGGAAGUGUUUUCCCUGCGAUUCAACUACAAAGAAUCGUUGGAAGUGGUUCAGAAGCUGAAAAGUAAAAAUUCUGAAUUGGAGAAGAUGCUGUCAUAUGUCGUGGAGGAAGAGGAGAAGAACCACUAUGCCAAGAUGGCAAGAUGGAGCGCAGUAGGGAUCAGAAGUUUGAAGAGGAAGAGGGAGGAAUAA